AUGGAAAGUAAUUGUUAUCGCGUUAAUAUAACGAAGUGGUUACCGUUUCCUGAUAGUAAACUUGAAUCAUGGUUUAAAGAUAUUGUUUGUUUUAAUUAUACCACCAGGAAAUUAGCACGAAACAUGGGAUUGAUUAUUGAACAAUUACAACAAUGUACUAUUGUUUGUGAUGAGCAGGUACUUAAUGAUCCGAUGUUAGAUCAAUUAGAAACACUAAUUCAAAACUACAAAACUAUCCAUUCGUCAAAAAAUACUUUUGCUGCAAAUCAAAUCGUUUAUAAUUACAAAAGCGACCAUCUCUUGUCUAUUAUGAAACGUUUAUUAAAUACAAUCGCUAAAUUUAUUUACAUUUUUAUAAAUCAAACAUUGGAUUGGGAGAGUGAUGAGUUGACAUUAAAGUUUUUGAGAUUAAUCAAGAUCUACAUCGACGCCUUGAGUUUAGAGAGCAGUAUCACUGAAUCAUCAAUAAACAUCUUUUCAAAUGACUGUCCUUCAAUGUUGGAGUCAUUAAAACCGCUGUCAGUACUACGAAUCUUACAAAUUCUAGGGAAAAAUAAAGCUGAAGAGUACUGUUACGAACUCAUAGACUGUCUGUUAGCAAUUUAUCAACCCAACAAUCAAGACAAGUGUAAUUCAUCGUCUUCCGGUGAUCUUGAAAUGUCUGAAAAUUCCAGUGUUGAAAUUUAUCGCGCACUUACAAAACAUAUAACUCCGCCAGGAUCAACUAUAAAUGCUGCCGCACGUAGAAAAUGUAGCGAUACUAAUAUUGAAAGCUUUCAAGCUUUAGUUAACAACCAGAAAAAGAAAAUACAAAAAUUUAUACAAGUCGCUAAAGAUAUUUCUCCUUUACUCUUUCAUGCCGAUAGUUUCAGAUAUGACAAACAAGGUAAAAUAAUAAAAAUAAGAAGUAGUAUUCUAGCUAGACUAUCUGAUUACUACUGUCAAGUAUGUUGGGCAGCAAUAUCUGAAAUUCUUGAUCAUGUUAUUUUAUGGUGGUCGGCAGAAGGAUUAGCAACACGACAUAAUCAUGGUGCACAUUAUCUUAAAGAUUGGUUGCAUUCAUUUUUACUCAGUCCAUCUAAUGUUCCAGUAAAUAUAAGACCCACAUUAGAUAAUUUAUGUGACACCUUAGGCUGUCAUGUAACAACAACAUGUUGGGAUGAACUGUUCCGGUUGGCUUAUAUUGCAUCAUUUGAAUGUGCAUCAAGACCCCAUUCAUCAGAGGGAACAGACACUGGUCAAAUGUUUGCCCAAGUAUUUCAGUUGUUAGUAAACUUGAGCAACGAAUGCGAAAUCAGCGGCGAGUGGGUGAUAGGAGCACCUCUGAUGGAACUACCACUUUCUGAACAAAUAAUUAUUCUUCACAGACUAGAUCAUUCUAUCCACACGAUGAGACUCUGGGCAAGUCACGAAUCUAAAAUAAUAGCACACACCUGGGACCUAGAAAGUUUUUUUCUUCUUGUUAAGGGAGAUCUUAGCAACUGUAUCAAUCAAAUCUCGUAUCUGAAACUCGCUGACCAUACUGCUGCUUUGAAUACUGACAAUCCAAGUGUUCAAGUUUAUGUUUGUACUCGAAUGCGAGCUAAAAUCGUCUCUGAAGUUAAUGCUAAUUUCUCAUUACUUAAAGAAUCAUCAUCUAAAUGUAUCAGUACACUCGCCAAAAUAUGCCGAGUAAUAAGUCUCGCUAAUUUACACAUGUGCUUUCCAAUAUCAAAUAUCUGGAGAAGAUCUAGCAUCGUCUCAAACAUAAAUCCAAGUCCUUAUGUCCAAGUAUAUUUGGAGCGGGUGUUACUACCGGUAUUAGAAGUAGUUGAAGACGAAGACAUCUCAAAUAUGGUGUUAAAAAUAAUGUGCGAGGCCUGGCUUGAUUACAUUUAUCUCCACCGAAUAAAAUUCAGUGAACCAGGUGCCUAUCAAUUAUUAUCAGACUUCGCUUACGUGUCUCAAUGGGUAACAAAUUGUCCAAUAAUAAGUCAGAAUGUGAAAGACCAGUUGCUGAAAAAUGAAGUUCUCAGACGGUGUGAAGGUGUCGGACGAUUGCUUCUUCGACAUCCCGGCGAAGCUAUAGCGAUGCAUAAAAAGAUUCGAACAAGAUCUUCAGACAAUGGAUCGCCAGAGUCAUUGGGCUUAGAGCGAAUGCCCGCGGAAAUGUAUGUUCCCAAUCAAGAACAAUGGCUUGAACUUCGCGCUGAAAAAAAUUAUAAAUUAUACUGCUGCGUUGAAUAA